AUGGCCGCUUUUGGAGGAGCGGAUCAAAAAUGGUUAGUUGACACCGCCCAGAGCUUGCUACUCAAAGACCCGGCAGCUGCCAAAGCAUGGCUUCUUACAGCAAGGGCCUUGUUCCCCAGAGACUUUGGUAUCCAAUACCACUCAUACUGCAUUGCCAAGUCUUCACCAAAUUUGAAAGAAGCUGCUAAACUACUCUAUGAAUUAUUCAUUCAUUUCCAUCAUGAAUCAACACUAUGGCAGGAGUUCCACUGUAUCACCAUAGCGAUGCAAUCUGACCUAUCUGACCCCCAUACCACCUUUCUCUCAGAAUUGUUUGAAUCUUUACCAAGCCAAGCACAACACGAUAUUUUACUGCAAGUAGCAGAGCAUACUAAAGAUCUACUGUCACAUUGUAAAUUACAGUUGUUAUUGAUUAGUAAGUUUCGAAAUGCUGUUAUAACACAUGGGGUCAAACUUGUUGAGACAUUAUUAAGUGCUGAAAAGAUGCAAGCAGAAAGGAAUCCAUUGAACUGCUUCAGAAAAUUACUAGUUUGUGAUGUUCUUCCUAUUUUGUUGUCCAUCCCUGAUGUGCCAUGUUCCAAUAAACAAUUAGCCAAGUGGUUGCAGAAAUCGAUAGAAUUUUACAUUUGCUAUGCAGUUAGACCAAGGUCAGCUGACAACAAAUGCGCGACACCAGGAUUUAAAAGUCCUUUGAAAUCACCGGAUCCAUCCACAUCAAGGUUUGUGUUCAUUGAAGGCCUCACCGAGAAAGAGAGCACCAUCGUUACCCCCUGGGCUAAUUUGCAUAAUAUUCUGUUACUGACAUCGUCACGGCUUGGAUGGAAUACUGAUAAUGUUGUUCCAACAGACAGGAACCACAGACAGCAAUGGUUGUACUUAUCCAGGGUGUAUAAAGCAUGUCAAAAGAUGUCAGAUGAGAAUAGAAUACAACACAUAAAGCCCGUUUUCUAUUCACUUAUUGUUCUUUUAUUCCAAUGUUUACAUGGCUAUCUAAAAUACAAAGAUCCUGAACAGUUCGCAGUUAACAGUUCACCCAGUGCACAACAUGGAACACUUGUUCUACUGCACAAUGUUGAAGUCGCUACAAAGAAAAAGAAAGACAAACAUGAACAUAAAAGAGCUCGACUUCUAGAUAAGGAUGACAUCACAGAGACUAGUAAAGAGCAUAUUAGUGUAUGGGGAAUGAACAAAGACAAAAGUGAAUUAUUGGAAUCAUUUACUACGGCUGUUAUAUGCUGGCAAUUGAUACAAUCUGAUGAAGUAUUCGAUAAAGAUUUUAAAUGGCUGCUUCACUACUGGAAGUCUAUAAAGUGGACAUGGUUGACAUCAUUCCAAAUAGACAUGGGUGUAUAUACUGGUGAUACUGCCAAAUCCUUAGUAAUGCUGGAAGAACGGCAUGAAUCAGGAGAAAUACAAGGUCAGCUUGAAGCUUGUUUACAGCUGUCAUCUUGUUUCCUAGCAAUGAAGCACUAUCAGAAAGCAUGUGACAUGGCAUUGGAUGCAGUUGCUAUGUUACCUGAUUCGGAUUUCAGCACUGUCAAGUCACUGGGCCAUGAAGAUUCAAAGUCAAAUAGUUUACAAUUUGUUUGUUGUGCAUCAAUGUAUGUGUUACAGUAUUGUAUAAAACUUAUCCUCAUGUGUUUUAAGAAAAUAUUCAACAGUGGUGGGAUGAACGAGAUAGCCUUAGGUCACAUGUUAGUCAUGAUGCAAUAUGAUUGGCCGAAAGAAGAGAAAACCUUUCGUCAAGUGAUUGAUGUGAUUAUGCAGCAAGGGACUUUUACUUACACAAUGUUUUUCAAGUAUGUUAUCAAUAUCGAUAUUUUAGAAGAGGUGUCGUUUUUAAGGACAGAUGACGGUGGAAAAGUGGAACUGGAGUUAUUAGUGCAAGCCCCAUCUCAACAUAGACAAAGAACAGUCACUCGAGGACUGACAAAAGGUGGAGAGGAAGGACUGAAAGUCGCUAUGGAAAAACAGAUGACGCGAUAUGACGACAAUCUGUUGUGUCUGAUUAAACAGUUUCUGACGGAAGAAAGGGGAGGUAUUCGCCAGGCAAUGGUGUUGUGAGAAAUCGCUUACACAGGACUCUCAUCAAAAAUGAUAUAUUACCACGACAACCACCUUUUGGUAACUGGUUAAACUUAUCAUUAAUAGACCUGUCAUUUCGAAUGGUGCUAUGAGACAUUACCUUCAGUUGAUGCCGCACAGCAAAAUGUUCAAUAGAAAUAUUUUCAAGAGAUUUAUCUCUUGUGUACAUGACAUUGUUGUUAUAUGCAAGUAUAUUUCCACUUUGACCAAAUGUAUCCUUAUAAGGAAUGACAAAAAAUAAAGAUAGUGGAUGGUCUUCAAAACAAAA